UUGACGUUAGUCACCCGAUAUGUAUCGUAAAGUGUUUAUCUCAAAUUAUAUUAGCAAACUUAUCCUUAUCUUUGCAAUAAGUUAAUUCAUCGCUGUAAUCACAUUUUCAACAAUUAGCAAUGCCCCUUCGCAAUCGAACGGAGAUAUUCCGUACUAAAUGUAGUAAUGUGUGAGAAUGUUUAUUGUUGUUGAUCGCGUAAUAAAUACAAUGGACAAUAACAGUGACAAAAAAGAGGAAUCAUGUGCUCAAAAGAAGGAGUUGCCGCCGAAUUUGCAGAAGAUAUGUUUGGUGUGCGGUGACAGAGCGCUAGGUUAUAAUUUCAACGCUAUAUCAUGUGAAAGUUGCAAAGCGUUUUUCAGACGGAAUGCGUUAGCAAGCAAGGAGUUCAAAUGUCCUUUUACUAAUAAUUGUGAAAUCACGGUGGUCACGAGAAGGUUCUGCCAAAAAUGUCGUCUCGAGAAGUGUUUGUCUGUGGGUAUGGUUAAAGCUUUUAUAAUGUCGGAGGAGGAUAAAGUAGAGAAAAGAAGGAAAAUAGAAGAGAACAGAGCGAAAAAAAGGAAGAGUAACGACCCGGAUGACUCUGUCACAAGCUCUAAAAACUUUAAGAAGGAUGAUGAGGCUCAUAAUUCAAGUAACUUCGCAAUGCAGGAGUCAGUGCAGUAUGAUGUUCUGAAUAGCACCACAUGCAGCCCCAGCAGCACGGUGCAGUCCCCGAUAAGCAACGACCUGGACUCCUCCCUCCACUCCCCUCCAGUGUACUACACGCCAAUCCCCUCCGUCCAGCCCACAGACCAUCCGAAUCCUAUGAACGUCCUGCCAAUAGAUGAGAAGUCGGUGUUAAACCAAGCACUAUAUGAACAUAGGAUGAUGAAUCAAUAUACCUAUGAAAAUGUUGACAGCAAUAUGUAUACGGAGCCUGUCAAACAGAACAGUAUAAGACAAAUACUGACGAACGGUGACGGCUCGGUGUACAGGGAUGGCAAGACGCAACACGUGUGCGAGGAGAUACCUUCCACCAGUUCAAAUCCAGACGUCAACAAGGCCAGGGACAUCCUGCAGGAUGUUGAGAGGAUCGAACCCAACUCCAUGGAGUCCAUAUUGUGCGAAGCGAUCAAGUUGGAAUUUGAAUCGUAUACGUCCGUGAAUUCUUGUAGCGGCUCGUCUAGAGAACUCAAUGAGGUGGAGCGUGCAAAAUUGAAUGAGCUGAUUGUGGCUAACAAGGCCCUUAACGCUCCCAUAGAUGACGACAUAUCACAAAUCGUCGAGUCUGCGAGCCCGUUGCAGGAGACAGUGGGUGAGCACGAUCCACGACUGAUAAAGUUGGUGAACUUGACCGCGGUGGCCAUCAGGCGGCUCAUCAAGAUCGCCAAGAAGAUCAACGCGUUCAAGAACAUGUGCGAAGAGGAUCAGGUGGCGUUGUUAAAAGGCGGAUGCAUUGAAAUGAUGGUGCUGAGGAGUACAAUGACGUACGACGGACAGAGGAAUCAUUGGAAGAUCCCGCACUGCCAGGAGCAGUUCGGGCGCAUCCGCACGGACGUGCUGAAGCUGGCGAAGGGCAACAUCUACCGCUCGCACGAGCUGUUCAUCCGCUCGUUCGAGGCGCGCUGGCGCACCGACGAGUACGUCAUACUCAUCAUGUCCGCCAUCCUGCUGUUCACGCCCGACAGGGCCAAGGUCGUGCACAGGGACGUCAUCAAACUGGAGCAGAACUCCUACUACUAUCUACUAAGGCGCUACUUAGAGAGCGUCUACCCUGGCUGUGAGGCGAAGUCAACGUUUCUAAAACUAAUCCAGAAAAUUCUAGAACUAAGAAAGCUGGCAGAGGAGAUCACGGACGUGUACCUAGACGUGAAUCCCCUGGAGCCCCUGCUUAUGGAAAUAUUCGACCUAAAGCACCAUGGAGGGAGCGAGUGACGGUUGUAUUGAUUUUAUAGUUGUACUGAUGUAACACUGCGUAAGUGAAUCGAUUUGGAAUCGAUUUUUAUUGCCAAAUGAUUAUUGUUAAUCGAUUUUUACGAUUCAACCUACAUUUUUUAAUAUUUUCGUGGGGUAAUGGUAUUAAGUAAGAAAAUUAUGCUUGUUAGAUCCGAGCUAAAGAAUUAAUAAUUCGGAAAUGUUUGUCCCAUGACGAAGUAGUGAGUGACCAUAAUAUUGUUUUAGUUUAGUCUCAAAAAUAGUAUUCUAAUGAUAACUAGUUCUUGGUUCGCAACACCGCCUUUAGGAGAAUAAAUUAUUUUCUGAAUUCGAUAUCUCUCUAAAUAAUUCAUAGCCUCUAUUGUAAUAUUUUAGCUUUCUUUUGACAUUUUUUUUUAGUCAGCUCUGUCCUUAAAGAGGCCGCUCGCUACAAACAAACCGACAAAAUGAUUUGUUUAUUAUAUUAUGUUCCGAAUAGUUACCUCAUAAACGAGUUAUCUCUUUAUGAUCUACGAUUACAAGAUUGUAAUAUUUAAUUAACAUAGUCGAUGAGUGAUAUAUUCACAUUAUUACGACUUAGAUAUCGUUGCAUUUGUUAUUCCGAAUACUCUUUGUACCCAAUACUAAAAUUCAAAUAGGUACCUUGUGUAUAAAAUUUUUUUCGUAUCUAGAAACUUGAUACUGAUAGUUGACUUAACUGGCAAUCGUAUUUAGAACCCCAUCUCUACCCAAGUAAGAGAGUAAGAAAUAAGAGAGUAAGAGCUAAUAAUACACAAGAAGUGGGUUUAAUAUCAAAAAAUAUUUACGCAGUGUUACCUUGAUAAGUGACUGUUAAAGUUAAUUUAAUUAUAUUUACAAAGUGUGGUGUCAAGUUAAAAGCAAUCGGUGCGGCCAAUGGCGUCCUGUUGAAUGUUUAUACAAAUUCUAUUGAUUAAUUUUAUAAUCAAAUAAGGCUUGACGCACACUAACAGUACGUCUAAUAGUCGGUGCUGUUAGUGUGCGGCGACUCUUAUAUUAGUUGAACAUUGACAAAGUUUUUCUAUAAAUAAUGAAGGGAAAAUCGUUUUAGUAAUAUCAAAGGAAAGUUCUUUGUUUUUCGACAUAAUUAAUUAUCGUGCCUCGGCUUCGCCUGGCAACUGGUUUGUUAGAGACGUUUUCAUUAAAAAUACACAUGACAUAUUGUUCCUGUGCUUUUUGUUACAAUUAAUAAUGUAUCAAAUUACACGCAAUACGAAAAAACCGUACGGACUACGUAGUUUAUAUGAAAAAAACAUGCUUGCGACAAAAAAUCGCACCGGACGACUUUUUCCGAAUUGUGCACGGACUUUGAAUGUUUAGCCAAAUCUAUAGACUGAUUUGAAUUAUAUCUUAAAUGGGUCUCUCGCAUUUGUCAACGUAGAUCUAUUUGCAUUUAGGUUAACGCAUAGAAAUCUAAGGCUGUUGCAUAAACGCCUUGCUACAAUCAUUGACACUGAUCGAAAACAAAAAGUAUAGGAAUGACCUAUCUGAGCGACAAAUCUGUCGCAUCGAUUUACAGUUGUAGAAAGGCAUUUUGAUUACAGUCCCUAAGUAUGGGCAGCGGUAAUCACUCCAUCAAUUCGCUCAUUUAUUUAUAAUUGUCUUUUUUAAGUAGAGAUUCAAAAAAUUAAAUUUUUGUUCACAUCAGUAAUGAAAAAAUGUAUUGAAUAUUUGAUGCGCGCGGUGACAGAGUUAGAAACAGUACAAAAUGUUUUUAAUUACUAGUAAUUAAUAUUGUAUGAAGAAUUGUCGACUAAGUAUAGAGAGUUCGCGGAGUUGUUCCGGGGAAACAAGCCCCAGACAUUUGUUCUUAAUAACAUAUGUGACAUUGUAUACAAUGUCAUAAAAUUGACACAAUAUUAAUCCUGUGCUAUUGUUAAUUCAGAGAUCCUUUCUGCCCAUUCCCUAACCUUGUCGAGGAAGACCCAACUCUAUUGUACAGUCAAUAAAAACUAUAUCAUUGUUAAACAUUUUUAAAGAUAUUAUUGUAUAUAUCUUAUAUUUUCGUUUAUAGUUUGUAAAUAAAUAUAGUUUAUAAUUAUAUUUAAUUAUUUUAAGAGAAAUAUUUUUAUAUAAAUUUUAGCCAUUUGUCGUAAGUGCAAUAAUGUAUUUAAGAGACACGGAAUUAUAGUUUGUUAUUUA